AUGUAUCCUAUUAAGCUCUUUCUUUUUAUUGCUCCUCUAGUUAUUUCUUCCAGAAUUGACCAAGAUUAUUCAUCAUUUGAUUCUGUAUCUCCAGAGCCAAAAUCAAGAUUUGCUAUGUUAGAUGAUGUAAAAAUUUUAGCCAAUGGCCUACUUCAGUUAGGACAUGGUCUUAAAGACUUUGUUCAUAAGACUAAGGGCCAAAUUAAUGACAUAUUUCAAAAACUCAACAUAUUUGAUCAGUCUUUUUAUGACUUAUCACUGCAAACCAACGAAAUCAAAGAAGAAGAAAAGGAACUUAGAAGAACUACAUCCAGACUGCAAGUCAAAAAUGAAGAAGUAAAGAACAUGUCACUUGAACUAAACUCAAAGCUUGAAAGUCUCCUUGAAGAAAAAAUUCUACUUCAACAAAAAGUGAGAUACCUGGAGGACCAAUUAACCAAUUUAAUUAAAAAUCAACCUGAAAUUCAGGAACACCCGGAAAUAACUUCACUCAAAACUUUUGUAGAACAGCAAGAUAAUAGCAUCAAAGAUCUUCUUCAGAUCGUGGAAGAACAAUACAGACAAUUAAAUCAACAACACAGUCAAAUAAAAGAAAUUGAAAAUCAGUUAAGAAGAACUGGUGUUCAAGAAUCCACAGAAAAUUCUCUUUCUUCUAAACCAAGAGCACCAAGAACUACUCCCUCUCUUCACUUGAAUGAAACAAAAAAUGUAGAACAUGAUGACAUUCCUGCUGAUUGUACCAUCAUUUAUAAUAGAGGUGAACAUACAAGUGGCAUCUAUUCCAUUAGACCCAGCAACUCUCAAGUUUUCAACGUCUACUGUGAUGUUACAUCAGGUAGUUCAUGGACAUUAAUUCAACACCGAAUAGAUGGAUCACAAAACUUCAAUGAAACCUGGGAAAACUACAAAUAUGGUUUUGGGAGGCUUGAUGGAGAAUUUUGGUUGGGUCUAGAGAAGAUAUACUCCCUAGUAAAGCAAUCUAAAUAUAUCUUACGAAUUGAGCUAGAAGAUUGGAAAGACAACAAGCAUUAUAUUGAAUAUUCUUUUCACUUGGGAGAUCAUGAAACCAACUAUACACUACAUCUAGUUGAGAUUGCUGGCAAUGUCCCCAACGCACUCCCGGAACACAAAGAUUUGACGUUUUCUACUUGGGAUCACAAAGCAAAAGGACACUUCAAUUGUCCAGAAAGUAAUUCAGGAGGUUGGUGGUGCCAUGAUGUAUGUGGGGAAAACAACCUAAAUGGUAAAUAUAACAAGCCAAAAGCAAAGACUAAGCCAGAGAGGAGAAGAGGAAUAUGCUGGAAGUCUCAAAAUGGAAGGUUAUACUCGAUCAAAUCAACCAAAAUGUUGAUCCGCCCAACAGAUUCAGAAAAUUCUGAAUGA